CAUCAAACUCAUGCGGGCUACCAAACGCGCCCUAGGCACGCCUCUGGGCGUCUCCUUGUCCUCGCCGUCGUGUCGUUCAUAUAUGCUCCACCUCCACAUCCCCCGAGACCUAACCAUCGCCAAUCCGGCAAUCCGCAGCAUGUACGCCGAGUGGCGGCCCAUGCAAGGGUCCGACCCCGCUGCCGGAGGCGAUUGGCGCGCCCAGCUCCAGCCUGAGGAGCGCAGCAGGGCCGUCCACAAGAUGAUGGAAACUCUGCAGAAGUGUCUGCCAGUGUCAGUGCCAGAGAGGCUGAACGAAUUUCAAGAAAUUGCUGUGCAAUUCGAAGAGAAUAUCUAUACCGCAGCGACCAACCAUUCUGACUAUCUUCGGAAGAUUUCUCGGGAAUUGCUCUCUAUGGCUCCUGUAAAUGCGCAAGUGAUUUCAAACCAAAACAACCCGGUUCAAGCAUAUGCGGACUCUACUGCUCAAACAGGCCAUGCAGGUGGAGGUAAUUGGCAGGAGGAGAUAUAUCAAAUGAUUAAGAGGUUGAAGGGCCAAUACUUUGUAGAACUCAAUGAAUUGUUCAAUAAGGUCUCUGUGAAGCUACAGCAGAUUGACAGCCUCAUACCACCUCAAGAGCCAUCUGAGCAGUAUGAAUUAUUGAAGAGAUUUAAAAUAAUGUUGGACCGUAUAUUACAAGUUCUGCAAAUUAGUAAGAGUGCUAUCCAGCCUUCUAUUAGGCACAAAGUUCCGCAAUACGAGGAACAGAUCAUCCGUAUCUUGACUUCACGAAGAAGGAAGCCAGUGCAACCACAAGCACCGCAACGGUUCCAGCCACCUGCAGGACAAGCUUCUAAUUUCAACAUUUCACAUCAACAACAUCCUUCCCAAAGUCUGUCGCAGCAUGAUAGUCAUACCAAUCCUCAAGCAAGUUUGUCAAGCAUGAGCACCAGAUUACAAUCCUCUAGUGCAGCUGUUCUCCGGCAUGUACCUGUGCAUCCAACAACAAACUUCUGUGUCCCUGCACAGCAAAAUGGUUCAAACGUAGAGCGGCAGGCAGGCUAUGCUGUGGAGGCUGCUCAAGGAAGCAAUUUCAGUUCCUGGCAGUCUGGUUCAAUGGGUGGCGCAUUACAACAGGGAAGCACUGGGCUGAUGCAGGGUACGAUGAAUGUUCAACUGCAGAUAGGAAGUAGUAGCAUGUUAUCUCACCUCUCAGGGCAGAGGGAACACAUGACCAAGCGGAAGUGGUGCGACACCCUUUGAUUUGGUUUUAGGAACAUGGUCGGAUUGUUUUGGCAAUUGCGUAUUGCUUGGAUUUAAUGUUGAGAAGGGGCUGGAUCCAUUGAGAAGUGCAUAAGAUUAGCUUUUAAAAAGAAGUUCAAGAUGCCCUAAUUCGGACUCCCCAUGCAACUGAUAUGGAUGGUGAAAGUGAGAGCUAUCUCAGCCAUCUGAAGCAGAAGUGUGGGGGACUUCAUUUCGAACUUCUGCAUUCAAGAUGUUGUGAGAGAACCUGUACAAUGUAAGAACAGUGGAUUUGUUUCUUUGGGUGCUUGGUGGGAAAGUUUAAAUUCAUGUUUACUAUGUACCUUUUGUGAGCUCUGUAUUUUCCUAUAUCUAGAGGAUUACCCUGCCCGUUGCAAUGGGUAUUUAUAGGAAGUAAAAUGCUAUACAUACAAUAGUUGUAAGUGGCAUGAAAUGAACAAAUAAUCCAUUUGGGCAUAAUUUAAUAUUAAUGAUGGAA